AUGCCCCCCAGUCUGAAAGACAAAGGCGGUCGGCUUCUGGCUUUCGCCAAUGGUGGCCAGCGAACGAACGAAGCUCAAUCCGGGGUGGAUAUCAAGCCCACGAAGUCAGAACCACCACAUCACGUUCCUCCAGCUCCUACACCUCGUCCCACUAGCUAUCCUCGGGAGAUCACGGGACUCGGUGGUAGAAACACCGCGCCUCCAAAACAGGACUAUCCUUUCAGUCAGCCACCACAGCAUCAUUCACCAGUGCGCUCGAUAUCUUCCCCGAAUGGCCGGAUUAAAGCAGAUUCAAGUGAUCGCCGGGUCGACAUCUUCUCUGGUUCGCAACUUGACGAAAAUUUCAUGGAGUCUGGUCUCACAACUCCGCACAACGAGCCAUCCGAUCCCAUUAAGCUUGGGCCGGAGUUGACUCGCGAUCUUAAGAAGACCAUUCCGUCACACCGGCUCCCUGACCGCAAUCGAUUUCAUCGACCUCCGCCGACAAGUGAUUUGUUCACUGUUGGUGAUGAUCUUCGUAUGAACGUGGUCAGUAGGUCACAGCAACACAAUGUUGAUCAUAUGGGCGAUGGUUUCCAGGAUGAUGUAAGUGUGAGGCAUGGAAAACUCAGUGGCCAUCACGGACGUGGCCGAACUCGACCAGACUCCCCGGCACGUCAGGACUCCAAAAUCCCCAUGCGUGAAGUGAGGAUUCGAAAGUCACAUUCCGGCCGAUCAGAGGCCUACGACACGAACCAAGCAAGGAAUAUAUCACCCAGGCGCCAUGAAACGCAAUGGCAAACGCGCUACAAAAACGAGAGCUCCCAGCAGCCGACUGUCCACCGUUUGGAUGAUGAAGAUGCCGAGUCCGCUUCUCAGGAGGAAGAACACACAACGCCUAGGCCCAAGCCUGCCAAGCCGGUGGUUCAAAGAGCUCUCUUAGAGAGCUCGAUACCAGCUACGACAACCUUCAUGCCAAACACUAGUCGCCUCGACAGAAAACGACGUCGUCCAAGCCCUGAGUACGACGACGUGGCUCUUAACUCUAUGACCUUUGCCUCCCUUCGGCAGCAGCCUUUCGACUUUGACCCUUCCAAGGAUGGGCAGAAGGUUACUGGAGUUAAUGCUGGCAAUUUGGAAGAUAAACUCGAGCAUUUUCGUCAUCUGGGUGAAAAGGAACAGCAUGACCUGUUUUCCAAUAUGUCGAUGGAAAAUUGGGAAACCUCGGGAGAAUGGUUUGUCCAUGAGUUCAGUGCACUCAUGCAAAAACUUCUGGAUUCAAGAAGACAGAAGCGCAAAAUCAUUCAGGAGUUCGAACAAGAAGCAGCCGAUCGUGAAGAAGCUGUCCGUCUCAAGACACAGGCCAUUGACCGAAAGCUCUCUAAGAUGAAGCAGGAUGGCCAGCGAGUAGUGGAGGAUAAAACUGCAUAG